GAUCGUUAUGAUGAAUUGAUGGAAAUUUGCACGUGGGACAAGUUUUAGAAAACAAAUCCUCACCAUUUGCUAUUGCAGGAUUGUAACACAUCUGCUUGAGAAAUUGGAAAAUUUUAGUAUACAUAUGUUGGAGAACAUUUGUUCGUAAACAAAGCUUUUGGAGAAGAAGAACAGAAAAAAAUAUUGAUAUUCAGUGUGUUCCAUUUUGGCAUCACGAAACCUUGGAAUAUAGAUAAUGCAUUGGAUAUUGCCCUGUACCUUGUUUGUGGCAGUUAAUAGUUUUUCAGUCACGGGAAAUAUAGAAGUUCGGAAUUCUCAAAAUUCGUCAGGAGAGGAAUCCAUGGUGGACGGAAUUAUAAACGAAUUAAAAGGAAUGUGUUUACUGGAUAAUAACAACAGAACAACCAAAGAGAUAAUGCAGGACACACAGAAAAUAGUCAACAAUAUGGUAAUGUACAAGGAUAUUGUUAAAUUAAAUAAACAGUUGAAGGAUGAAAUUCAAUGGAUUGUAAAAGAAUCAGGUGAUGAACAGCUAGUGUCGCGAAUAUUCAGAUUGAUGAAACGAGAUACAAAAGAAAUUUGUGGAAACGAAAUUGCAAAGGACUGUACAGAACUACAGAAAUAUGAAUUAGUUUCUGGUGUAUACAAGAUAUAUCCCCACAACAACUUUUAUGAUGUAGAUGUUUAUUGUGAUAUGUCAACAGUUGGGGGAGGUUGGACUGUUAUCCAAAGAAGACUAGAUGGAUCUGUAAAUUUUCAGAGAACGUGGACAGAUUACGAAAAUGGAUUUGGGGAUCUUAAUGGAGAAUACUGGUUAGGAAACAAACACAUCAACAGCUUGACAUCCAGUGGUAAAUAUGAAUUGAGAAUAAACCUAACGGACCUGUCCAAUACGAAGAAGUAUGCUGUGUAUAAAACAUUUGUAGUUGGUGAUGCAGCAUCCAAGUACAAACUGACAAUUGGGAAUUAUAGUGGAAAUGCAGGUGAUAAAAUGGUUUAUCAUAAUGGGAUGAAGUUCUCAACGACUGACCAGGAUAAUGAUGAAGGCGGUACUUGUGUAGGCUCUUAUGGCCCAUGGUGGCAUAAAAACUGUUGUCACAGUGGUCUUAACAAGGCAUUCAAAAGUAACCUGUACUGGGGUUCUUUCCGUAGCAACGCAGCUAAAACGUCAGUUUUGAUGAUAAGAAAAAUGUAGUAGAUGAAUUCAAUAUUAAUUCUGACUUCGAAAUUAUAUCCAUUUAUUGAUUAAUUUGCUGGAUAAUUUUAAUACUUAUUAAAUAUUAAUUACAUGUUAGAGGGUUCUGAAAAAAGACAUUUUAUUGA